AUAAAACUUUUAAUUUUUUGGACAAAAAUACCCCUAACAUUCAAACACUCCCUCUCUCUCAGUUCGAACUCUCUCUCUUUCUCUCUCUCUCUAACGUCUUUCAUUCUCUCACAUUCUCGCUAUCUUUCUCAUUAUAAUCUUGUAGAACUCGAAAAAAUACUCUAAUUCUCAAGGUCCUCCUCCAAGAACCAAUAAUUCAGGACCAAGAUUUGUGUGCCAGUUGUGUCUUCAACCAGGUCAUGGUGCAUAUCAAUCUUAUCGCCGUUUUGAUCCAAAUCUGCCUGCACCAACAUCCAAUCCCUAUGCAUCUAAUGCCAACUCGUCAACUAUGGUGGCCAACACUCAAAUAGUUGUGGAUGAUACCUGGCUUCUUAACUCAGGAGCAUCUCAUCAUCUCACACCAGCUCCCUCCACGCUUGACCAUGUUGAUCCCUACACUGUUAUUGCUUCCAUCACGGUUGGAAAUGGUGUGGUUGGCAAACCUUUAUCUCGAAAUGAUGGAGAAUUACUCGAGGAUGCUACUGAAGACAGAAGAACUAUAGGGUCUCUGCAAAAUCUCACCUUAACGCAUCCAGACAUUGCCUUUGUCGUGAAUAGAGAAUGUCAAUUCACGCAAUCUCCAACCUCAGUUCAUUGGCUUGCUGUUAAAUGCAUUCUAAGGUACUCCAAUCUUGUGGUGCGCAAUAUAUCUGCCACUCAGCUUGCCUCCAACCCCAUCUUCAUGCAAGUACCAAACACAUUGGAAUAGAUUUCUAUUUCAUUUGUGAUAUGGUGCAAUAGGAAGGAGAUCACCUUGUAUAAUAAUAAUAAUAAUAUAGUUUUUUUAUUUAUUAAAAUUUGGUGUAUUUUAUUAAAAAAUUAGUAUUUUUAGUGUUAGAAUCUAAGUGGAUCGAAUAAAUGUAGUUGGUUGGUUUAAUCAUCAUGGACCGUAUACUAGUAUAUAUUUCAUUUUGCAUAACAAAAAACAAUAAGAAUUACAAUAAUAA